AAGCAAAGACUGAGUUUGGAAAUGUUUUGGUGCUGUGAUCCAGUCAGCUCUUCUUGAAAGCUGUUUGUAUUUAUAUAUAUUCAAAACCUUGACCUGAAACCAGAUUGAAUCUGCAUUAGAAAACAUGUUUAGCAAAUGUAGCAUUUGGCAGCAGAAUGCAUUGCCAUUCACUGGAAAUCAACUAUUUUGGAUACUGUUGGUCCUACCGAGUAGAUUAGUAGUGUAUACAUCUUAUAAACACAUCAUGUUACCUGUGUAAAAAAGUAGGUAAAUUCAAAUAUCUAAUAAAUGAAGUGGAGUAGAAAGUACAGUAUUUCCCUCUGAGAUGCAGUGGAGUAAAAGCAUAAAUUGACAGAAAACGGAAAUACUCAAGUAAAGUGUAAGUACCUCAAAUUGAUACCUAAGUGCAGUUCUUGAGUAUGCAUGUCUCGGUUGCAUUCUACCACACUGUGUAUUUAAAAUAGCUGGGGGAAAAGAGGGAAUAAAUUGAGGGAGGGAGGGAGGGAGAAAGAGAGAGUGCUUGCCGUCUGGAAAACAGCGCCCCCCCACUCUGCUCCUCCCCUCUUCCCUCUCGGCAUCUCUCCCACGCUGCGGAGCUCAGCCUUCAGCUCCCCGGAUCCUCCCAAACUCUCCCGAGCUGAGGUGGGCGUGUGGAGCCUCUUGACCCUCUCUCGCCCACUCUCUCCGAGUCUCCCCCUCUCUGCUGCAGCUUCAGGGGGCUAUGGAUGGACUGCGUUUACCUCCACUCAUCGAGGAGGCUUUGGACUCAACAGAUGACCUGUGCGAUCUGAAAGCAGAGUGCAGCCCCACCAUGGACAACCAGAUAACAGCGAAGGAGAGAGGCAUCCUGCAGGAGAACAACGAGAAGGAGGAGAUGGACCAGGAAGGCGAAGAGAAGAAACUGAAGGAGGAGGAGGAAGGCGAAGGGGAGGAGAAGAUGAAGAAGGAGCAGGAGCCCCUGACGGAGGAGGAGGAGCUGGAGGAGCUGAGGGCCCAGGUGCUGCAGCUGCUGCUGGAGCUGGACGACGCCAGAGAAACCUCCAACAAACACCAGGAGAGCUUCCACGAGCUGCAAGGUCUGUUGGAGGAUGAGCGUCUGGCCAGUGCCCAUCAGGCUGAAGCCUUCACUCGCCAGAUCCAGAAUUUGCAAGCCCAGCUGCGCUCUGUGCAGGAGGAGAUGGACAGCCUGGAGGAGGAGAAGGAGAGCGAGCUGGCUGAGGCCCAGGAGGAGCUGCGAGUUGCUCAGGAGGAGGUGAUCCUGCUCCAGCAGACAGCAGAGGAGGCGGCCGCGGAGAGAGAGAACGACAUAGCUUCGCUGCAGGAGGAGCUCUGUCGCCGGCGGGCAGAGCUACAGCGCCUCAGCGAGGAGACGCAGGAGUACGAGUUGGAGAUCACCACACUGAGGGCUGAGAUCAGCAUGAAGAGCCAGCGCAGGGUGGCCGAGAGGAGAGAGGGUGACGUGGAUCUGCUGAAGGAGGAGUGCCGUACACUGAGGGAGGAGUGUCAGACCCUGAAGGAGGACAACAGGCGUCUCACUGAGAGGCUGCAGCUGCUGCAGAGACAGAGGACAUGCUCCAGCGUCUACCUGUCACUGAAGGAGGAAGAUGGAGAGGAGGGCUCAGAGGGGAAGGAUAUGGGAACUGGCUGCGAUGAGGUCAUGACAGAGAGUUACAUGACCAUGGCCCAGUCUGGGAACUGUCACCUGGUGGACGCCUCCAUCCAGAAGAACAUUUCUUUUGAUGGGAAGCCCGCAACACCAAGCAGCUGGAACGGGGGCAUCGGGGAAAUCUUCUCCCUGAGGGAGCAGCUCAAACAGGCGGAGGAAAAGGCCUCCCAGGUCCAGAGAGAGUGUGACGGCCUGAAGACGGAGCUGCAGGAGCUGCAGGUUCUUUAUGACAGCAGUCAGAGGGAGCGCGCCGAGCUGGAGGAGGAGCUGCAGCGCUGCAAGGCAGAGCUGCAGAAGCUGUCAGGAGGGGCUCAGAGAUUCAUCCAUCCGUCUGAGCACCCUGUUCUCUCCAUCCCCUUCAUAGGAAUGAUUGUAAUAUUGGCUGUGGUCUGGUGCUGGUUGUCGGAGCUGGCGUCCCAGAGGGCAAGGGGAGUGAGGUAGGUUGGAACUCCAUUUUGACUAUCACUGCAGCCACAGCAGUGCUGCUGCUGAUGACUAGCUUGUUGAGAGCUCUCGUCCGAUGUUGAUUGGAUGGGCAACAUCUGCACAGGGACACACGUCUGCUUCAGACCAGGUCUCUCCUGCCGCCUCUGUAGACUGAACUGGAAUUCUCUAAAAGUGAGCUGACAGCAGUGUAGUAGAAAAUGUUGUCGCUAAUAGGAAGGUACAUGCACUGAGAACGAUGCAAUCACAUUUGAGAUUGAGGACGAUGAAGACUUUACCUGCAGAGAGCCAACAUGAGGAAUGAUCUCACUCCACUAAAUGUUAUGCUAGUGCCGUGUCUCUCCUCCUCUGUGUCUGUGAAUAUUAUGUUUCUCUCCUUUUAGCUAACAAUGUGAUACAAAUCAAGGUUUGGGUUUUGAUGUGCACCAAGUGGUUUUUGGUUUAUUUAUCCAUUAUUAAUUUAUUUCUUUGUUUGGAUAUUGUUCAUAGAUGUCUCUGAUAAUAAUGAGGAACAUGGAUUCUGGGCAUUGGAUGCACUGAAAUCCCUGAAAUGUACAUAUGCUCUUAAAAUGUUGAUAGUAAGAGCAAUUUGACAGUUUGUGUGAAUACUUGUUGCAUUCCUUUGAAUAAAUCCUACAUCGGGAUUGAAUUUCGCCAAAUCUGCAUGAAUUAACAACAUCCCACCAUUACCAACUAUUCUGCCAAACUUAACUUUGGAAUAUCAAAUUGAUGUCUUUCCAUUGCUAACACAAAUGAUAUGCUGUUACAAAGAGAUAAUGGCUAGGUAAACAACUUUCAAUCCAAGUCCAGUGCAGUGAGCUCUUCUUCACAUCAUUGUUAUGCUUAUUGCUCCAGGUUCAGUCACUUCCUGUCUUGUGUCUGACUAUGAAAUGAAUCAACUCCCACUUUCCUAUUUACUAAUCAAUUUAACCGAGACGCCAAAAAGUCUGCGAGGGUUUCUGAUUCACCUCACCUGCCCACAGCUUGAUUUGAAUUUCAGUUAUCUUACACUCACAGCUACAUUGUUAGACUUACGAAAUGUUCGCUGAUGUUUUUUUAUGUGCUGUAAAAGAUAUCUCAGCAACUUUGGGAGCGAAUUUAAGGAGGAACAAGCUAUAAUAUUGUUACAUUUUCUAUAAUUACAAUGUGGAGAAUUAAGCUUUUUUUCCUCUUCCUCCUCUUUUCCUGCAUGGAAAUGGCUAGUGAAUUGUUAUUUAGAUUUAUGGUGUUCGCAGGUUCUUCAAGGUACUCAGUGUAAAAAGAUGUCUGCCAGCAUCUCCUUGUUUACUGAUGACACACUUUAUGUAGACAAACACGUGUGGAAAUUGAGUCGCACUUAAAUUGAUCGACUGAUGUGACUGAGGUGAAAUAUUGGUGUUAGUUGUGAGGGCAUUUCAACAAUUAAUUUGGUUCCAAAAUAUUUAAAUAGGAAGUUGUCAGGACACGUUUGUUUGAGCAGUCAAUACAAAACAUAGAUAUGUAAAUGUGCAAGGACUUUGAUUAUUGUUUACAUUUGUAAAACUUUCUUUUUUGUAGGUGACAAUAACUAAGAUUUUAAAAAAGCAUGCCAGAAAACAUUUAGAAGCACAAUAUAUAAUGUAUGUUACUUUGUAUUUCAUGUAAAUAGUUAAGACAUAAUGUACUAUGGGAGAGAUAUUUCUUAAAUCCAUUUGUACUCGCUUUGUAGAAAGUCUAUUCUAUUUUGAAAGAGCAUCGUAUAUUUGAUAGCCAAAUUAUAAGCUGUGUAAAUGUUUAUUUAUGGUGACGUUAUUCAGAGCUGCUCUCAUUGCUAAUCUUUUUCAGGACCUCUUUGUUCAAAGGUUGUGUAGUCAUUGCAUGCAUUUAAAUUGCAUUUGACCCUAGUUGCUAGAAAGACCAAUUUAAUUCAGAAUUGAAUUAAAAGACUUUGCUGACACAUUGGUCAUUAAACAAACUCCUGAUAAGCAAUGGCUGAGCAAUUGCAUUUCUAUUAAGAACAAUGAACAAAGGUAAUGAUGAGCCACUGGACUGCAAAUGCUUCACUGUCUAUUAAAUAUAAAUCAGUUUGCAAUAGAAAUGAAAUUCCCAUUGACUGCAAUGAUACAUAUGAAUGUUGUUACUAUAGAUUAUUAUUCUCAUGAUUUCCUGAAUAUUAUCUUUCUCAAAGUUUCACAAGCUUCUAUAUUGCACUGUGUUUCUCAGCUUGUUGCUUUACAUAUUGUUGUUUUCGAUAUAGUUUGUGGCUAUUUUGUUACAUCGAGGUCUAUUUUGUACUGUAAUGACUUAAGAAAAUAAAUAUAACCCCCCCCA